AUGAGAAACAUCAUCAUUCCACAACCGAACACCCCAGCUGGGUGGCAGGCUUAUGCGAACUCGGAGGCCGUAGCCAGUAUCCCUCUACAGGCAGCCCAAGAUGUAAACCAGACUUCGAAAAUUGCGACUUUCCGCGGAGUUUUCCUCAAUGCAACCACGGUUCUCCCACACUCCAUGAGCAGGAUAAAUGUCUAUGCCGACGUCCUUGCAUUCACGAAUCAGACCACCAUUGUUGCGCCUAACGAUAAUGGAACAAUCCUCAUUGUAUCCAGAGUUCUUACAGCGACUGGACCAGUCACCCUCACAGUUCCAAGGGGUCUGGCAACAACAUGUGUCGUCUCAAUCUAUGCAUCUGUCCUCAACCAACCAAUUACGGUAGCCACUGGCGAUGGUUCCAAGCGAGUUAACCUUGACCAAAUAGGAACUGGAAAAGUCAACUCCGGGGUAAUUAUAGUCUUUAGCCCAAGUGGCUUGCAGGUUGAGUAUCAGAGAUAUUACCCUUCUACCACCAGUAAGGAUCUUCAGGCGAGCUUGAAUACGCAGCUACGCAUUGCUCUUGUCCAAUUCUGGCGUAAUAGUUCCAUUGCGAUCUCACUAUGCUCUCAUGUUGCACAAAUUACCACGAGGCAACAAGCCUAUGCCCUUCUAAAUACACAGGCAAGAGCUCUUGGGCAGCAACUCGCUGGCCAAGCCAUGGCUGGACAAAAUAUGAGUUAUGCACCGGUGUUAGUCCUCAGUCGAUAUAAAGAGACAACGCAAAGCGCGUUAAAUGCUGCCUUUGCAUUCGAACACCAAUUUGAACGUUUCCAAGACAAAGCAGAGUCCUUGGAUAUUCAAAUUCAAGCAUGGAAUGCCAUGUUGUCGCAAGCCAUCAAUGAGUAUAACAUGAGGAUCAAUAUACGCAACUUAGCGUUCGAGAAGUACGAUUAUUCAGUGAAAACAGCUACUGGCUGUCACCAGCAAUUUGAGAAUGACGUGUUUGCCUUGGAGCUUUUGCGGAUUGCAUUUCAAGCGGGAUUAAAUAAAUGGGUUUUCGAGCAAAAGUUGAAAGCGGUGUUUGAGAUUCUUCAAGCAACGAUCACUUUUGCGGUCGCGGUGGGUCAGCUGUGUCUCGGCAGCCCUGGUGGAAUUGGACAAGGUGCUGCAGCUGGAAGACAGGCAAUCGGGGCUGUUAUAGCAGCAGAAAAACUCGUUGGCCAGGUGAACAAAGUGUUGUCCUCUGCAAUUGUAACCAUGGCUGCAUGGGACAAAUGGCUUCUAGAAGCUGACGAUCAGAUGGCAUUUGCGGUUGGGCAGGGGAUUGAUGGUGCCAGUGCCUAUCAGCUGGGCCUACGGAAGCAUGCUAUCAAUGGCAAGCAACUAGCGCAGGCACAAGCAGAAGCAGUCAAGUCUGGGUAUGAGUAUGUUCAGGCCCAAAUGGAAGUAAUUCGGAGUUCGCAGAACAUUUCAGAUCUUCAAGCACUAAAGGCUGGCUUUCACGGUCAAGAGGCUGUUUAUCUUGAAGCAAAAUCAAUGUUCUAUGAUCGGGCCAUGGCCUUGCGAACCAAUGUCGUCCUCUCACUCCGAAAUAUGGCUUGGGCAUAUCGCUACUGGGCACUCGCCGAUAGUUCGAUCAAUCUCGACGCUCAAAAAUCUUUAGUCGAGUACCAGCAGGAUCUUUCCAUCGUCAUCAUGGAGUUGGAACGUGCCGACUCAAGAUGGGCCAGUGAUCAUCAACGUGAGUCCAUGAAUUCCGUAAAUUCUUUCAUGGCGGUACUUAACAGUAUUCUUCCCUCCAACCAAGGCCAAUCCAUGAUUAAUGGUAUCAAAAGCGAUAACCACACUGCCAGCUUUACUCUCCUCACCGACAAGCGUUUUGCAAGUCAAUUUGUUGAAGGGUCUCAUUAUCGACUGAAUGGUAUGGAUCCCACGCUUAAUGGAAUUCUCCCCAGGCCCGAAGCAAUGCAAGGGGGUGUAGUUGUAGUGAAGCUGCAGAUCACUACCUCAGGGAUCUAUUCGGAUAUUUACAAAAAUCAAGUAUUUCAUUUUGCCAGCCUUCCUCAAGUCCACGGGAUAAUCAUCAGACUGGUUUAUCUUUCAAGCGCUCUGCAUGAGAAUUAG